CCCCACGUGACACUCUCUUAGUAAGACCUCAUCCCAGCGGUUGUAGGGGGAACGAUGUCGAAAUGAUUUUGAUUGACCCACCCUGCGGAUCCCAGACUGAGCAUUCUAUACAUUCCGAAAGGAAGCGUCGAGAUUCAUUCGGGAUGUUUGACGGUUAUGAUAGCUGCAGUGAGGACACCAGUAGCAGCUCCAGCUCUGAUGAAAGUGAAGAAGAAGUUGCCCCCUUACCCUCUAGUCUCCCGAUUAUUAAGAAUAAUGGACAAGUCUACACAUAUCCAGAUGGCAAAUCUGGCAUGGCCACAUGUGAGAUGUGCGGAAUGGUUGGAGUACGAGAUGCCUUUUAUUCUAAAACAAAGCGUUUCUGCAGUGUUUCAUGUUCAAGAAGUUACUCCUCAAACUCCAAGAAGGCAAGCAUUUUGGCAAGACUUCAGGGUAAACCUCCCACUAAGAAAGCAAAAGUUCUUCAGAAGCAGCCUUUGGUGGCCAAGCUAGCAGCUUAUGCUCAAUACCAAGCCACCCUACAGAGCCAGGCCAAGACAAAGUCAGCAGUCUCCUUGGAAGGCUUCAGCUGGGGUAAUUACAUCAACAGCAAUAGCUUUAUAGCUGCUCCAGUGACCUGCUUUAAGCAUGCACCCAUGGGGACCUGCUGGGGUGAUAUCUCAGAAAAUGUGAGGGUGGAAGUUCCCAAUACAGACUAUGCGUCCUAACCUACCAAAGUCUUCUGAUAGCUGGAAUUGUGAAAAUUAGCAGGUUAUAAUGCCCUUUUAAGAUAUGAAGGGUUUGAAAGUGACUCCAGCCUGGACUUUUGGUGCAACAUAUGUGGAUCUGAUAUCCAUCCAGUUGGUUGGUGUGCAGCCAGCGGGAAACCUCUUGUUCCUCCUCGGACCAUUCAACACAAGUACACAAACUGGAAAGCUUUUCUAGUGAAACGACUUACUGGUGCCAAAACACUUCCUCCUGACUUCUCUCAAAAGGUGUCAGAAAGUAUGCAGUAUCCUUUCAAGCCUUCCAUGAGGGUAGAAGUAGUUGAUAAGACACAUCUAUGCCGAACACGGGUCGCAAUCGUCGAAAGUGUAAUUGGAGGAAGAUUAAGAUUAGUCUAUGAAGAAAGUGAAGACAAAACAGAUGACUUCUGGUGCCAUAUGUAUAGCCCACUGAUUCAUCAUAUUGGUUGGUCUCGAAGUAUAGGUCAUAGAUUCAAAAGAUCUGAUAUUACUAAGAAACAGGAUGGACAUUUUGAUACACCACCACAUUUAUUUGCUAAGGUAAAAGAAGUCGACCAGAGUGGGGAAUGGUACAAGGAAGGAAUGAAAUUGGAAGCUAUAGAUCCUCUAAAUCUAUCUGCAAUAUGUGUUGCAACCAUUAGAAAGGUGCUAGCAGAUGGAUUCCUUAUGAUUGGGAUUGAUGGAUCAGAAGCAGCAGAUGGAUCUGACUGGUUUUGUUACCAUGCAACCUCCCCUUCUAUUUUCCCUGUUGGUUUCUGUGAAAUUAACAUGAUUGAAUUAACUCCACCCAGAGGUAUCUCAUUUUAACCUACAGUAAUGUUAUACAAACUUCCUUUCAAAUGGUUUGACUACCUCAGGGAAACUGGCUCCAUAGCAGCACCAGUAAAGUUGUUUAAUAAGGAUGUUCCAAAUCAUGGAUUUCGUGUGGGAAUGAAACUAGAAGCUGUAGACCUCAUGGAACCACGCUUAGUAUGUGUAGCCACCGUAACUCGGAUUAUUCAUCGUCUGUUGAGGAUCCAUUUUGAUGGUUGGGAAGAAGAGUAUGAUCAGUGGGUAGACUGUGAGUCCCCUGAUCUAUAUCCUGUUGGAUGGUGGCAAUUAACUGGGUAUCAGCUACAGCCUCCAGCACCACAGACAUCAAGAGAGAGCCAGUCAGGUUCAUCAAAGCAGAAGAAAAAGGCUAAGUCCCAGCAAUACAAAGGACACAAGAAAAUGACUCCAUUGCAGCUGAAGGAAGAGUUGCUAGAUGGAGAGGAAUACAGCUUUCUCCAAGGAGCUUCUGAUCAGGAAAGCAAUGGCUCUGCCAGCUACUACAUCAAACAAGAACCCUGAGGUGACAGCUCAGAAACCAGAGGAGGGAGAACUUUCUGCCGGACGGAUUUAUUACCAACCCAACUAGACAGGGGGACAAUUCUACUGGGUCACUUUGCUAACCAUAGAAGAGAUUUAAGUUCUGGAUUUUUGAGGUGGGUGGGGAAACUAUUUUAGUCAGGGGAAAAUUUUUCAAUUUAUAAAGAUGGACAUUUUUGUGUUGUAUUUGAAGCUUUUGAAAGAAUUUUGUAAUAUUUUCCAAGUUUGGAUUUAUUGUGCAUUGUUAACAAGAACUGAAAUUCUAACUUUUUGGUAAGAUUUAAAGUUUAAGUAACAGGAUUGCAGGAAACGAUUUAAGAAGGAUAUAGUUGCAAAUACAAAUGAACUGUCAUUACAAAUGAACCUUUUUGGUACAAGUUGGGAGAUUUUGGAAUCUUCGAAACUAUGCCAGUCACAUCUCCAACUUCCUCUGCUGCAGAAAUAUGCAACCGAUGCCCUCGUGGAAGGAGCAUCACCACGUAGAUCACGGAAGGUGGGACGAAUUUUGAGUUGUUGGCAUUUUAUUGCAGACCAUUUUAAAUGUUUGUACAGAAAUGUUUUCAUUCUGGAAAAUGCUCAAGAAAAUUUAUUUGGAGUUCUGUAUGAAACUGGAAGAACUCUAGAUACUUUUACAAGUUAGCUUUUUAAUUAGAAAUGAUCGAAAUUAUUUUAACACUUCUGUGUUAAUUAAACUGGAAUGGUUAACAUGAGCUUAUGCAUAGCAUCUUUGUCUUGGCAAAGUGGGGUUGGGGAAAAUGCAAGAUCGCCCUAAGUUGUUUUUUUUUUUUUUUCAAAAACACCCCUAACAAAAGAGAUAAGAGAUUCUGUUCUUUCCUCUGUGCCAUCUCCUCCUUUCUCAUUCUGUGAGAUGAUGUGUAGCAUAAGCACACCCCAAAGCCCGGUGUUCUAUAUUAGCCAGAAAGUGAAAAUGGAGCAUCUUCUAAAGCCAGAGUAAGUCUAAAUUUCAGGAUCAUUCCAGUUCUGCUUUAAUUGUUAAAAAGGAAUGUGUUCAUCCUCUUAAAAAUUCCCAUGUACUGUAAAAACUGUAUAUCACUACAGCCAAAACAAGUUCUUAACAAAAGUAACAACUGAUUUGGACCAUGUAAACAUUCCUUGUUUUAAAGUGUAUGUGGCUUCUUUUAAAAGGGUGGUGGGAGGGGGAACGUGUGCUCUCUGCAUUUUUAAGCUUUCUACUGAGUUGUGACUGAAAAAAUAGAGAGAGUUUUAGCUUUUACCAGUAAGGUUCAUUAACUAAAUUCUCAGGAAUUAACUGCGUGUGUUCUCUAAGUGCUUCUGGGCCUUAGCCUGUCCCCUUCAGAGUGCUUAUACUGACCAUCUCCUCUGGAGUAUAGGUAGGUUGUAGGUAGGGCUAAUUAGAAAAUAAUCAACAUGAUUAACCUCUACAGUCCUUCAGCCUAUGGAAUGCUUUAAAAGAUGUUAACAGAAAGCCCCAGGAGACCAUUUUAGGUAAGUUUUUGUUUGACUUUUAAAAGUGCAUAGAAAGUUGAAAACCAGCAAUUUAUUUUCUAAAAUAUUGCUCUAAUUUUGGGUACAUAACAUUGGUAAUACGCACAGGUUUACCUCAUUCUAUGCAAGAGGGGUUAAUAACAUGUGGUUUUGUAGUUGCUACUGGAAGUAAAAUUUGUUAUUUAUCUUGUAGGAAUGUAUGGAACCCCAGUGUCAACAUUUCUUAAUACUGACCUUUUGGGGCAUGUAGAUCAUAUCAACACUAGUUGAUUCUCAUGUGUCAAAUGUAUGUGAAUUCAGCUGUUAAAUUACUGGUUAUUUACUUAUCCUAAACUAAGAUUGCUGAGGAGGACUUAAUCCAAAUAUAGUACUUUCAAUGCCUCAUCUUUAACUUUCAGAAUCCUCCCAUAAAAGUGAAAACUGGGAAACUUCCAAAGGAAAGGUAGCAGUUGUCUUAAAUCAAUCCUCAGACUCAGUGACAAAUUCAGGAUUCUGAGCCCAAACCAUAUGGGCAUAAGAAGCCAAAGUUUGUGGCUUACCCCACGUUCCCCUUGAAUACUUAGAUCUUGAGGUCAGUACAGCCUGGGGUUGGGGAGUCUACAGGGAAAUUAAUAUGUAAAGCAGGAAGGUCAGAUCUGAGGCCAACCUGUCCUAGAGGUAGUUACUCAAAAUACUCACUUGUAGCCCAGACACUGUCAGCUUCCAGUUCUAAAGCUAAACCAGGCACACUAAGUGGUUAGAACCUCCCGUCCGAAUGGCAUGUUUUUGUUAUCAGUGAUAGUGCAGGUACAGCUUUUAUUGUUUCAAAACUGUGACCAAAUGUUGGAGGGGACAAGAACUUUGUGAGGUCAAAAGAGGAGUCCCCUACUGCAGAUGAUCAGAAAAUCAUCUCUUUAUGAGGCUCACAAAUUUUAUGUCUUAGCCAUAAUUUAAAUAGUACAACUUUUAAUAGCCCCAUUUUCCUUUACAGUUCAAAAUGUACUGCUGACAUUGAGUUUUCUUUCCUUUUUCCUCAAGUUGGGAUUUUUGGUAGUUUAAACUCUUUAACCUUUUCCUUGCUGUGUAUGAGGAAAGCUAAAGCUGUUAUCAACUUCUUGUUCUACGGAUACUAACACGGGUUUCAGUGUUUGUUUUGUUUUAAUUAUUAUUAUUAUUAUUAUUAUUAUUACUACGUGAUGUGAAUACCCUUUCCCAUCAAUAUUUGUAUUAUGGUGCUAUAUAUUUGGUGAUGAUCCUUUAAUAUUGGGAAGGGAUUUUUAAAUACUGUGAUUAAACUGGGUUUUCUUCCUUUAAUUUUCAUAUUUUAAAUAAAGCCACAGUCAUUUAUACAAAAAAAAAAGCAUCUGUCCCUGGGUAGAUCUUUGGGGCAGAAGUCAAAGUAAACUACAUAGGGUUUUUACAUCAUUUCUGUAUGUAUUUGAUAUAUAGAUCAAUAUCUGUACAAAUUUAAUCUUUUAUUUUCUUGGUAAUUGUGUGAUCAGUGGGAAAGUGUUUAAAACUUUCUCAUGAAGUGUACAUAACUAAGUGAAAAAUGCUUUUGGAAAAAUUUAUGUUCCUUUCAUUUUUACCAAAUUGCAGAUUUUCAGCAUGGAUGUGAAAAGCAUUAAAAUUAUAACUUUGUGUACAAGAUGAAAAUAAUUCACUAAACUUGCCCUUUU